UCGGCGGCGGUCCAGCGGGUUCGCCCCAAAGUGAAACUAGUGCAGGCGGCGGCGUCCGCGGCGGCUCGCCGGGCGCGUAGUCAGCCAGAGACCUGAGGGUCUGGGAGGCUGGGGUCGUCCGGAAGAGGGUCCCCAAGGUCCAGACGGUCCCGGGGGAGGAUCUCGAAGGCGGGCCCCGGCGGAGGCGGGGAGGGCCCGGAGGAGGGUCCCGGGUGGUCCCCGGCUGGCCCGAGCCCGCGGCCAUGGCCGCGCCCGCCGACCCGCGGCGGCUGUGCCGGCUGGUGCAGGACGGCCGACUGUGCGCCCUGCGCGGGGAGCUGCUGGCGGCGGGGCACGCGGGCUGCGCGGGGCCGGCCGGGGACACCCUCCUGCACUGCGCCGCCCGCCACGGCCGCCGGGACGUCUUGGCCUAUCUGGUCGAGGCCUGGAACCUGGACAUCGAAGCCGCCAACCGGGACUACAAGCGGCCUCUGCACGAGGCUGCCUCCAUGGGCCACCGGGACUGCGUGCGGUACCUGCUGGGCCGGGGGGCCGCGGUUGACUGUCUGAAGAAGGCCGACUGGACUCCUCUGAUGAUGGCCUGCACAAGGAGAAACCUCGAGGUGAUCCAGGAUCUCGUGGAACACGGCGCCAAUCCGCUCCUGAAGAACAAAGAUGGCUGGAACAGUUUCCACAUCGCCAGCCGCGAAGGCGACCCUCUGAUCCUCCAGUACCUGCUCACAGUUUGCCCCUCUGCCUGGAGGACAGAGAGCAAGAUCAGGAGGACCCCACUGCACACGGCAGCAAUGCACGGCUGUUUAGAGGCAGUAGAGGUGCUUCUUCAGAGGUGCCAGUACGAACCGGACUGCAGAGACAGGUGUGGCCUCACACCCUUCAUGGACGCCGUUCAGUGUGGCCACACGAACAUGGCCAGGCUGCUCCUCGAAAAGCACAAGGCUUGCGUGUCUGCUGAGGACUCACUGGGGGCCCAGGCGAUCCACCGGGCAGCGGUCACUGGGCAGGAUGAAGCCAUCCGAUUCCUGGUCUCGGAGCUUGGCAUCAACAUUGAUGCAAGAGCAGGAUCCACCCAUCUCACGGCACUUCACUUUGCAGCUAAGGAAGGUCACGUGAGCACAGUCCAGACGCUCUUAUCCUUGGGUGCUGACAUCAACGCCAAGGACGAAAGAAAUCGAUCAGCUCAGGUGGUAAAGAAUCUGCCUGCAAUGCAGGAGACCCAGGUUCAAUUCCUCGGUCAGGAAUAUCCUCUGGAGAAGGAAAUGGCACCCACUCCAGUCUUCUUGCAUGGAGAAUCCCAUGGAUGGAGGAGCCUGGCAGGCUACAGUCCAUGGGAUCGCAAGAGUUGGUCACGACUGAGCGAUGAAACCACCACCAAACAAAAUUAACAGUGAACUUUUAUGUUUGAAAAAUUAGUCUUAAUAUUAUUCCUCUAAUAGCUCAGUACUUUUUAAUUCAAAUAACAUAUCCAUUUGCCAAGCUAUAGAACUAUUGCUAUUACCAUGGCAGCAAUGAUACUUUACUGCGGCUAGUAUUACUGUGUUCGUAGUAGCUUAAGCCACUUAACAUAUGUGACAUCCAAGCACUUUCCUUUUUUAUUUUUUCAAGCACUUUCUUUUUCAACUUUUUGUUUUGUCUUGGGGUGUAGCCGAUUAACAAUGUUGUGAUGGUUUCAGCGAACAGCGAAGGGACUCAGCCAUACAUACACAUACAUUGAUUGUCCCCCAAACCUCCCCCCUCCCCCAUCCAGGCUGGUGCACAACGCUGAGCGGAGUUCCCUGUGUCAGAGCACUUUCUGUGUUAAUCCAUGAUCACACUAGCCCCCAGGGUGUCACGUGGAUUCUUCAUAGGCCGUCUCUCUUGGAAUGCGUUUUAAAACCUUAAUCACUGUAAUUUUUUAGAUUUGAGGCUCAGAUAUUUUUAGACCUAACCCCUUAGUCUUGGGAUUUGGAAUAAAUUUUCUCAGUAGCAUUCUGUGCACCAGUGACCAUCUUGUCAGGGUUUAGUUUGACCUGUGAUGCUUCAAGGCUCACAGGUAACCCGCCCCUCACUCCAGGGCUGCAGAUGGAGGCCACUGAGUCCAGGCACACAAACUUUCUCCUGAUGGCAGGGGAGCAGGACCUGGGCUCUUCCAGCCCCCAGGAAGCAGACUGCAAACCCUCAAUGCCAGUUUUUAACCAGAGUGGGAAGGCGUGUCAGCAGUUUUUCUUUCCGUUACAUCUUUCUUACUCAUAGUGAUAUUUUUAACUUAGACAGUGAAUUCACAAAACUUUGAAAACGCCUUCUGUACCAUUUAAAAUCUCCUGGUUCUCAUUAAUUUGCUGUGUGCAUGUCAAUUGUGUCCGACUCUUUGUGACCCCCUAGACUGUAGCCUGAGCCAGGCUCCUCUGGCCAUGGGAUUCUCCAGGCAAGAAUACUGGAGUGGGGUGCCAUGUCCUCCUCCAGGGGAUCUUCCUGACUCAGGGAUCGAACCCGGGUCUCCAGCGGGUCUUCCAUUGUCAGGCGGAUUCUUUUUACCACUAGGCCACCUGGGCUCCCUGGGGGCUCACAUGGUAAAAAGUCUGCCUGCAAUGUGGGAGGACCAGGUUUGAUCCCUGGGUUGGGAAGAUCCCCCUGGGGAAGGAUAUGGAACCCCACUCCAGUAUUCUUGCCUGGAGAAUCCCAUGGACAGGAGAGCCUGACUCGGGCUACAGUUUGUGGGGUUGAAAAAGAGUCAUGAACUAACUUCUGUGUUUUAGACAAGUCUCAAAUCCUCCCCAAUUGGUUCUGUUACUUUUAAAACCAUUUCUGACCAAAUCAGGUUAAAAGGAAAAAUGUUUAGAUCCAGAGUAGACAAAGUCAUAGGCAUGAAUAUGGAACUAUGAAAUCUGUGCAGCUGAAGGAACCAGAGUUUCUGUCAGGGGCACCCAGCUCCCCUGUCUGUACUGCUGUGGGUGACGCCCUGAGCUGGGUCCUCUGUCCCCACCCAGCCCUGCACCUGGCCUGCGCGGGGCAGCACGCAGCCUGUGUCCAGUUUCUCCUGAGCUCCGGGCUCCAGGACUCUCUGGACAUCUCGGGUGCCCUGGCUCAGCAUCUUACACAGAGCCCCGACGUCCUUCAGUGCUUUGACCAC